AGUUGGGCCAGAAACGGCAGUACGAAAGGAACUCGACGCAAAGUGUUUCGAGCGCGCUACGCCAUUUGAACUACGUAACACAAAUUGAAUUACCAGUCCCCGCUUACAUUGUGCUAUUUUGUGUUUUUGCUCUUCUCAAGUGUCGUCCCCAUUUCCACGGACAGUGCGCUUGGAUACAUAAAAUAGGGAAAAAUCUUGGAAUUGAAAAGUGUCAGAAAAGGAUUUUCGUGUCGCACUUUGCAGCAAACAGUGCAAUGUUUUUAUUCUAAGCCAGCCCGUUUUUUAUUUCCCUAUCGGACAGCACGACCAGCAGCGUAGUGUGCGUGUCAUUCGCGGUACGGUAGUGUGCGUGUGCGUGAGUUUGUCGCGUUUCGUCCGCUCGUUCACUUUCAGGCGCUUUCGUCUUGUUCGGUUGGAGCUGUCAAGUGGCAAAAUUCAAAGGUGGUGCAGGCGAUUGAAGAAAGUCUCUGUUUGACCGGACUUUGUGCAGUGCGUGCAGGGUGAAAAAAGAGAAAGCCGUCCUCGUCGCCCCCCGAUGCAAGAAGUUGCCGCGGUUCUCGUAGAAUAGGAAAGCAAAGCAAUUGCCAUUGUUGGCCAUCUGUGUUGUUGCAAAUUUUCGAGUGAACCAAUAGAUAGGUGUGUGGUUGUCCUUUGUUGUGUUUCUUGCGUUAUUUCUGUGCCCGUCACCGUCGUCGUCAUUGGUGUGGUGAAACCGUGAGUGUGAGCGAGCAAGGAGCAAUAAAAAAUGCAGUGUUUUUCAGUGGUCCCAAGUGAGAGCAUCACCGUUCGUGUCAAUAAAUAAUACGUAUUAAAAUCAGCCCCGUUGAGCUGUUUCGCAUUGCUACGGUACGGUGUAACUACUGCUACUGCUGCAAGUGCAAAAGCAAAAGGAAAGAAUAAUAAUAUUCGAACCUCGGCGAAGCGGAGGUGAAAUUCAGGCCGCUAUCAUCAUCUUCUCCAUCAGCCGGAAGUGGUCAAGUCACUGCUCUGCUGCUGUUGAUAGGCGGCAGUGAAGCGGUGCGCCAGUGGAACGCGGCGAAGGUUUUGUUUUACAGGCGAGCGCGGGCACAAAUAAAACGCAGUCAGCAGCAGCGCGUACACCACAGAAGAAACAACCGAACGGCCAAAAAAGCGGAGCAGCAACGAUGGCCCUGGUGCGGAAGAAACUCGAUGACAAAAUACUGAAAACGUUGCGAGAGCUGGUAGGCGUCGGCGGCAACAAAGAAUGCUUCGAUUGCGGCCAGAAAGGGCCCACGUACAUUAACAUGACCAUCGGUUCGUUCGUCUGCACCAGCUGUUCCGGCAUACUACGAGGACUCACACCGCCACAUCGCGUCAAAUCGAUUUCCAUGGCCACAUUCACGCAGGAGGAAAUCGAAUUUCUGAAGCAGAAUGGUAACGAUAACUGCAGCCGAACUUGGUUGGGUCUCUGGGAUCCGAAGCGUGCAAUCAAGCAGGAGCAUCGUGACUUUAUGAUAGACAAAUACGAAAGGAAAAGAUACUACCUGGAACCUGCUAGUCCACUGAAGUCGCUGCCCACCAACACAUCGAGCUCGUUGACAUCACUGUCGGGAGGGAGCAGCAGUAAGAAUGCCAAUGAAAGUUUAGUUCCUCUCAAAACGCCAACGCUUACACCCCCGGCAACGCUACGAUUGAAUCGUACCAACUCCGGUUCGUGUAAUGGACUGAAUCACGUCAACUCAUCAUCAUCAUCGUUGCCAGGUGCAAUGGAUAUUGGCGCACAGUUUCAGCAGCAGUUUACGCCCGACGAUUCUGCCUUUUUCGGCACGGAUCUUCCCAAAAUUCUGCCCCCGACGCCACAGAAGAAUAAUGCACUCCAGCGCAAGAAUGGCAUCAAGAUCAAGCAAGCGUCCAACGGAUUGCCGCCGACGUACGGACGUAACCAAAAAAAUGGCUUACUGAACAGCAGCACAGUCGGCGGACUGUCGGGCAGCAGCGGGGACAUCAAUGCCAACAAGUUUACACCGGACGCUGACUUUGUGGCUGACUUUGGCAGCGCAACGAUUGUGAACAACGUCAGCAACGGGGGCAGCCAUUACGGGAGUACCAAUAGCUUGAAAAAUGGUAACAAUGGUAACGAUAACGGAGCUGGAAUGUACGCACAACACAAUGGGAACGGCGAGAAGACGUCCUCCAGAGAGAUGGAAAACUUUGCCGACUUCGACCACAAUCCCAUCUUCAACUCGGCAGAAAACAUGAAAUCAUACUUCAGCAGCAAUAGCAUCGAUAGCAGCACGACGACCAGUGUCAGUAGCACGGCCAGCGUGCAGAGUUUGACCGGUCCCGAUCCAUUUGCAAACUUUUACUCCAAUACUGUCACCGGUAAUAAUUGCGGCAGCAAUUCCGCGGGGGAAUCCACCGCCGGCACCCCGACGGCCUCCUCGGGUUCAGCAUCCACCGGCCUGUCCGUUCACGGUGUUGGCUACACGUGUAUUUCGCCGGAAGAUAACCCGCACGCAAAGGGUGUCCAUACGAACUAUCGUUUUGGUCACACUUUCACCGGCGAGCCAUGCUAUGCGCCCAAUGAGUGUAUGAUCAACGGUGGUUCUGGUACUACUGCCGGAUCCGGUUACGGUGCUCAAAAUUACACCCUUCCUUGGGGGAACGGUAAUGGCGGCACGCAACCGGACUUGACCGCAGCGAGGUACGCUGGCAGCACAAAUCAAUUGAAUAAUAAUGUCAGCAUGGAAAGCACCCAACGUGAUGCCGUGCAGUGGAGCUUUUGGCAACAGUUUGGCAAUAACCGUUGGACGGCGGACGAUCGUCUUCAACAGCAGCAGCAACAGCAGCAGCAGCAACGAUUCCGCAAUAGUUCCGCUCAACAGAUGAUGAGUCCUCAGCAUCAUCAAGCAGUGAACCAAAUGUCCUGUUAUUCAGAUCAAAACCGGUGGAGUCUUCCCAUGCCGCUUGGAUCGAACAAUUCCGACGGCAAACUGUCCAACGGCAAAAGCAGUAGCGCAUCCAUUCACUCAACACCGUCCGUCGACCGGUACGCUGCACUGAAGGACCUGGACGACCAGUUUAGGGAGAUAAAGCUGGAGCAGCAAGCGGAGGCAAACAAUAAUACUAUAACGUCUAACGGGCUAGGAAAUGCAGCCAACAUAAACGACUCCAUUACACCAACUUCCUCGGCCAACCCGUUCAAAACGGCUAAUCCGUUCCAGCAGCCGCAACAGCAACAUCCGCAUGCACAACAACAAACGAUGGCUUGGCCAAUCAGCGGUAUGAACGGUACGUCGCCCGACGCGCGACAUCAAGCAACGAACGGGAAUGGGUUCUACGCUACCUCACCGUACCAGGGAGGAUUUACUCACGGAGCUGCUAGCUCACAGCUCUUCAACGGCAAUGUGGUUAAUGGAAGCAGCGUCGCCGGCAUGAGCUUUCUUCCUGCGGCAGGCUACCAUCAUCCCAAUGGUAAUGGCUACACCGCCGGAAUGGCGGGAGUUAAUGGCGUAAUGAUGGGAGGACAGUUCAAUGCGUCGGCGGGCAGUGGUGCUUCGAUGUUGAGCAGCGUUCCCGGCGUCACUAAUUUUGCAAACUUUGGAAAUCCGUUCAUGGCUGCUGGUACUACCGCAGGAAACUCCAACAAUCCUUUCUUAUGAGUAGCUUCAUAAGACGUUGUGUGUAUAGAUAGCGAAUUAUAUAUCAAAACGUUUGGACGCAUGUGUUUAUUACGCUUUACGUCGUUUUACAUAUAACGCGUUUUAAUGCUUCGUACUAUGUUUCAACCGGAUGGUAGAAAACGAAUCGUGAAAUGAAGCGAUAAACUGUGUGAAAGAGAGACAGAUGUGUGUGCGUGUGUGUGUCUGAUCGGCACAUCGGCACGGGGAUGUAUAUAGGUUUUAAUUUAAAAUAAUUAAACAGAGUAACUAGCUGACACAUUCAACGUUUAGAUUCUAUCUAGAAAGUCUAGCCUUUUAGCUAUCAUUUGCGGGAAUGCAAAACACUUUUAUUUAACCCAUGACACAUAUUGGUGGGGCACCGUUAGUUUGAAAAAGAAAAAGUAAACGGGGAACCCCCCAACACAGCUUGCUGUACAUCCGUCGAUUGGCAACACACCUUUCGGUAGCAUAGCAAAAGAACAAACAGAAAGCAAAACUGCACUGCACAAGGUUUCAUUUUCUCUCGGAGGUUUCUUGUAGCACAUUUAUCAAAAUCGAUGCAAAAUGAUGCGCGUAGACAUUACGGUUAGAAAAAUUCUGCAAACCCGAUUUUGAGCACCAUUCAAAAUGGGAUAUUCGUGCGGAUGGAAGUGCCGCAUCGCGCCUGUGUUUUCGUCAACUCCAUGCCAGCUGCAAUGGUUGCAGCAUAGCAGCAGCAGGUUCACUUCCGCUCUUAACUAGAAGCGCUGCGAUUUUCGGUUAAUUUUUAAAACAAAAAUUUUAACACGAAUAAAUGCACCAAAAACAGAUAAGGAGGCAUAAGAGGAGCGACGUACACUGCUACUAAACCUAAAUGAUGCGCAGAUACGGUGUAUUUUAAGAGGGACAGUGGCAGGUUUUUAUUGCAGGACAAAACUAACGAUCAAAUCGAACCAACAGUCGGCCGGAUGCGUUGGUUGGCUCAAGCAUCAAUAAUAAAACGAAUCGUGCAAGACAUUUUCCUUAAGCUACCCAAACUGUUCCGAAAUAGUAUCUGAAAACUAUCAAACGUACUAAUGGUUGUAAACGGAGCAGACGGUACACAAACGUAGCAAGAGAAGCAAAUUGUGGUUAAAUAUUGUAUGCGUCUAUAAUAGGACCCUUGGACACAUACAAGAAAAGUGAUAAAGUACAGAAGUAUUAAUGCUAACUGUUAAGACAAUUGUCUGUCCUCUAAAAGCUACUCUAGCUCGAUUAUGCCACGUUCCACAGUGAACAUAGCAAUAGCAAAUGAUAUCAAAAAUUUAAAGCUUGUUAAGUAAACGGAACGUUUUAAACUGACAAUUUUUCCUCUCUCCCUUCUCAAAGAACAUAAAGCGAGCGUUUCGAAUGUCUGUAAUCAACAAAACAACUAUAUGGUCUUCAAUCGUAAAGCAAAAAAACAUACUCACACACACACACACUCGUAAAAAAGAGACAUGCUCAAUUUAAUAAAGUUACGAAGGAUAAAUUGCCUUUCCAAAGCCACUACUAACAGUCCAGUACACGACCGGCAGUUUACUAGCUCGAGGGACGAUCAAAGAUCACAAAACCCUGUGGUGAAUGAUGAUGGAUGGGCGAAAUCACGGAAAACGCUUAUGUGGCCUUACAUAAAGACAGAACACUGAAUGAUAAAGCUGAAAGUUUAAAACAAUGUUGUGCAUAUUACAGUUUAACUCUUCAUCCAAAGGCGGAACGCCACCAGCCGUAAAGGACGUUCUGCGUGCGAAUAGCUCGACAACACCAAGCGCAGUACCUAAGCGAGAUUGAAAUGGCCGUUUUAAGAAACAAUCAGAACGACCGCAAAAGCGGGAUGAUCAGCUAAAGGCUACCCGCCCUUUAGACCGGGGACCGGGCAAACUCUUUACUCGUGUAGCGCUAGAUGGACUUCUGCCCGCAGUCAGGAAGCGAAGCGAGCGAGCCGGAAAGGUUAGCCGAGGUAAGCAAAACGAGUUAAAAUCAAAAUGAAAAAGAGAACAUCACUUUCUAUCCAUUGAUCGAUACACUUCCUGGACGAAAAGGUCUAAAUUAUAGUAAAGUGAUACCAACCCGAUGUUACUAUGUGUUGAGAUAUGAAACAUUCGCCUUCAAAGUAAUAUAAUUAGAGUGGAAGAGAAUUAGCGAAAAAAGAGGUAGAAUCAAAAGAAUGGCCACGACGGGCACGGGGUAAAUAGUAUGCCAGAAUUGGACUAGCGGCAAAUAGUGUGAAAUGACUGUGGGAAUAUUAGUAACUGGUAACUGAAGCUGCUUACUACUACUACUACUACUCCUUCCUGCCUGGUCGGACAUCGGACGAACCGGUCUGUAAGAGUGUUUAGAACCACGUUUUACAGCAGCCGCAGCUAUGUGUGUGUCGGUACGACGUAUUGUUACUGUAGUUUGAUUGGUUAUGCUUUUACUCACGCACAAGCAUACACUCAUGCACGCUUAGCUUUGUGUAAGAGACUUUACAGAGAAUAAACCUUUGGGAUUGUAAGCAGUUUGACGCAGACAUUCAAGUUAUCGGGCAUCGUGCGUUGGCCACAAGAAAAAGAGAGGAUGUAAUAAUCAUAAAGUGCUUUUCAUUGCCUAAGUUAGAGAUAUGCGGUCAGUGCUGGUGAUUUUAUCGGAGUGCUAUAGCAAAAAGAAGAUUAGUGCAGUGCGCAUGCAUCUAUUGUGCCUUAAUUUGCAUCAACUCUGCUUCAUCAUCGCGGGAUGAACCCGUCAGUAGUGGCAGGGGGCCGUUAGUUUGCCAGGUUCUAUACGUUGCGGUGUCCACCGGUGCGAGUAUCAAACUAGACGGACAGGAUGGUGGGGGCCCCCUUCUCGGUCGGAAUCCGUCCUCUGUACGAAUGGAUUUAGUAUAGCCCACUGGCCCACGUUUUUACGUUGCCGCGUUGCGACUCACUACCGGUGGAAGGAUUGUGCAAGUGCAUGUGGCACGCUUGUGCGCGCGAAGACGAUACGGGCAGGCACCCAAUAUUGGGGAGUGAUACGAAUGCAAUGUGCGCUGGAGGAAUUCAAAGCUAUAGCUGAAUCUGCUGCGGGGAGCGCUAUCGAGCAAAUCGAACAAAUUGUUGUGAAAAACGUUUAACGCCAGUACUGGUUGGUUGAAGAUUUUAAUUCAAAUAUCAAAUGAAAAAAAAACAGAAACGUUUAAAGAAGUACCAUAGCGUUCUAGCAUGAGAGAAAUUUAAAGUUAUUGUAAACUCUAUAUAUAUAUACAUACAUAUAAGUAUCCCAAAAACCAGGCAAACGAGUACGGUUAAUAUUCGCCCGUUAAUACCAAUCUGUAGCGCGUAGUGAUGAUAAACCAGCAGUUCCGAGAUGUAAACCGAUACGAUUCAUCUUUAUAUACAUACAGCAGCAACACGUGUAACAAACGCAAGGUUUAUGCGCCUAACUAUGUUUCAAAAUGGUCGUAAAAAUAAAGAAAAAUACUAUUUAAUAUUUAUUAGGUGACACACACA